AUGGAGGGCCAGGGCGUUGGAGGGAGGCCGGGCACUCGGGCUGGCUUGGGCUCCCUGCCUGUGCCCCAUGAGAUUCCCCAAACUGGGGCACCCUCCAAGGUGGACUCGAAUUUCCAACUCUCAGCCAAGCAGACAGCAGCCCUAGCAUCCUCAGAACCCAGGCCGGCCCUGGCACCUGUGGGACCACGAGCAGCCAUGUCACCUUCCUCAGAGACACCACGGCUGGCUCUGGAGUCUCCCCGACCCCCCCUUGCCCCACCGUCUACCCCAGGAGGACAGAAAAUGGCUCCUGCUCCCCACAGCUCCAGUUUAGCCCCAACAUCUGUUGCUCAGCUGGUGAUGCCUGCCUCCACCUCAGGGCCAAAGCUUCCCCCUGUGACCUUGGGAGAAGUGACAUCCCUGGGGCAGCUAGUGAUGUCUGCCUCGGGUGGGUCCAGGCCUCCCCCAGCCACCCUGGGGCCCAGCCCGGCUCCAACUUCCAGAGAACGGAAGCAGGUGUCACCCACCUCCGUGGCACCCAAGCCAGCGCUGGCAGCCUCAGGCCUGAGCCUGGCCGUGGCCUCUCGAGAGCAGCCCCGACAAGUCCCUUCCAAACCUCCUGCAGUGGCCAGCCCAGUGCUGUCCCCUCCCCAGGAGCAGGUCCCAGUUGCAGCUCCUGCUUCCAUGGGGUGGACCGCCACCAGGCCGAGAGAUGCCUCAGCCCCGAGGUCAGCUCCGUCUUUGGAGGGGCGUCUCCAGCCUCCAGCUCAAGCCUCUCCAGACCCCCGCUUCUCGUCCUCCUUCCGAGCCCGGCCUGAAGCCUUCCACAGCAGCCCCGAGGAGCCUACCCUGCCGCGGCCACCCCAGACUUUGCCCUUGGAGAUGGGCCAGGGCCCUCCGGAGCCUACAAGCCGCUCUCCUGGACUUCUGUCCCCCACCUUCCGCCCAGGGAGCCUGUUGGGCCAGAAUGUGCCCCCACCUCUACCUAAGCCACCCCGGUCUCCCAGCCGCUCCCCUAGCCGUUCCCCUAACCGCUCUACAUGUGUCCCCCCAGCCCCUGACACAGCCCUCCCCAGGCCUAGCACCCAGGGGGCAGCAUCUGCCAGGUGCCUGAACCCCAACCUUCAGACCCAAGAGCAGACCUCAGCUCCAGUCACCACCUCCUCUUCUACAGCCAUCCCAUCGUCAUCGCCCUCCUCCUGGUCAGCUCAGCCAACCUGCAAGAGUGACCCUGGAUUCCGGAUCACUGUGGUCACGUGGAACGUGGGCACCGCCAUGCCCCCCGAUGAUGUCACGUCCCUCCUUCACCUGGGCGGUGGUGAUGACAGUGAUGGUGCGGACAUGAUCGCCAUAGGGUUGCAGGAGGUGAACUCCAUGAUCAACAAGAGGCUCAAGGACGCUCUCUUCACUGACCAGUGGAGCGAGCUCUUCAUGGACGCACUGGCACCCUUCAACUUCGUGCUGGUGAGCACCGUGAGGAUGCAGGGCGUCAUCCUGCUGCUGUUCGCUAAGUACUACCACCUGCCCUUCCUGCGGGAUGUGCAGACCGACUGCACGCGCACCGGGCUGGGGGGCUACUGGGGUAACAAGGGCGGUGUGAGUGUGCGCCUGGCAGCCUUCGGCCACAUGCUCUGCUUCCUCAACUGCCACCUGCCUGCUCACAUGGACAAGGCUGAGCAGCGCAAGGACAACUUCCAAACCAUCCUCAGCCUCCAGCAGUUUCAGGGCCCCGGAGCCCACGGCAUUUUGGACCAUGACCUUGUUUUCUGGUUCGGGGACCUGAACUUCCGCAUCGAGAGCUACGACCUGCAUUUUGUCAAGUUUGCCAUUGACAGUGAUCAACUCCAUCAGCUCUGGGAAAAGGACCAGCUCAACAUGGCCAAGAACACCUGGCCCAUCCUGAAGGGCUUCCAGGAGGGACCCCUCAACUUCGCCCCCACCUUCAAGUUCGAUGUGGGCACGAAUAAGUAUGAUACUAGUGCCAAGAAGCGGAAGCCGGCCUGGACGGAUCGAAUCUUGUGGAAGGUGAAAGCUCCAGGUGGGGGUCCAAGCCCCUCGGGACGGGAGAGCCACCGGCUGCAGGUAACCCAGCACAGCUACCGCAGCCACAUGGAGUACACGGUUAGCGACCACAAGCCCGUGGCAGCCCAGUUCGUCCUGCACUUUGCCUACAGGGACGAUAUGCCACUGGUGCGGCUGGAGGUGGCAGACGAGUGGCUGCGGCCAGAACAGGCUGUGGUGCGCUAUCGCAUGGAGACAGUGUUCGCCCGUAGCUCCUGGGACUGGAUCGGCUUGUACCGGGUGGGUUUCCGUCACUGCAAGGACUAUGUGGCUUAUGUAUGGGCCAAGCAUGAAGACGUGAAUGGCAGUGUCUACCAGGUGACAUUCAGCGAGGAAUCGCUGCCCAAGGGCCAUGGGGACUUCAUCCUGGGCUAUUACAGCCACAACCAUAGCAUCCUGAUUGGUGUCACCGAACCCUUCCAGAUCUCGCUGCCUACCUCGGAGUUGGCCAGCAGUAGCAGCAGCAGUAGCAACAGUUCAGGCACCAGCUCAGAAGGCGAGGAUGACAGCACCCUGGAACUGCUUGGCCCCAAAUCCCGCAGCCCCAGUCCCGGCAAAUCCAAGCGACAUCGGAGCCGCAGCCCCGGCCUGGCACGCUUCCCUGGCCUUGCUCUCCGGCCCUCUUCCCGUGAGCGCCGUGGUGCCAGCCGGAGCCCCUCACCCCAGAACCGCCGGCUGCCUUGGGGAGCCCCUGACAGGGGCAAUAGUGGUAGUAGCCGGGGCAGCAGUGAGGAGGGGCCUCCUGGGUUGCCUGGUCCCUGGGCUUUCCCACCAGCUGUGCCUCGCAGCCUGGGCCUGCUUCCAGCCUUGCGCCUGGAGACUGCAGACCCUGGUGGCGGCCGUGGCAGCAGCAGCAGCGGCUCCUGGGAAAAUGAGCGGGAUGCUCCAACUCCUGCCAGCCUGUCUCCCAGCCCCCAUGGCCAACAGAGGCUAGAGGAAGGAGGCCUGGCACCCUGA